CGAACACAGGAAAUAGAUUUUCUGUUUCUUUCUUUUGAUAACUUGACACACGUGCCGCGUGGAGUUUUGCCUCGCAGCACGAUGGUGGCUACUACAGACAAGAAGGCUGCGGCCGAGAAGAAGCCCGUGAAGGGCAAGGAGGACAGCAAGAAGCUCCCCGCUGUCCCCGAGUCCGUGCUCAAGCACCGUAAGAGGAGGGAGGCCCUCCGUGCCCGCCGCCUACAGGUUACGCUGAAGAGGCGUUCUGCUGCCAUCAAGAAGAAGAAGGAGAUCUUCAAGCGCGCUGAACAGUACGUCAAGGAGUACCGCAUCAGGGAACGUGAUGAAAUCAGGCUAGCCAGACAGGCCCGCAACCGUGGCAACUACUACGUGCCCGGGGAAGCCAAGCUGGCGUUCGUCAUCCGUAUCCGUGGUAUCAACCAGGUGUCACCAAAGGUCCGCAAAGUCCUGCAGCUGUUCAGACUGCGACAGAUCAACAACGGUGUGUUCGUCAGGUUGAACAAGGCGACCAUCAACAUGCUGCGGAUUGCGGAGCCCUACAUCACCUGGGGAUACCCCAACCUUAAGAGCGUGCGCGAGUUGGUCUACAAGCGCGGUUUCGCCAAGGUGAACGGGCAGCGCGUGCCCAUCACCUCCAACACGAUCGUGGAGGAGAAGCUCGGCAAGGGCAACAUCAUCUGCGUAGAGGACCUCAUCCACGAGAUCUUCACUGUCGGAGACAAGUUCAAGUACGCCAGCAACUUCCUGUGGCCCUUCAAGCUGAACAACCCGACCGGCGGCUGGCGCAAGAAGACUAUCCACUACGUCGACGGCGGUGACUUCGGCAACCGCGAGGACAAGAUAAAUGAGCUCCUCAGGCGGAUGGUCUAAUAUAAAUAUAGAUUUUAAUGCCUA